UUUACAAUGAGGGGGUGUGAGGAUAUGAGUUUGAAAAUCUUGGUGCAGGAAGUGACAGCUAUGGCUGUUUCUAUCGUAUAAACGUCUAUUCCUUUCAAAGACUUCAUUUUUGGAACGCUGGAUACAGGAUUCUGACUAUUUCUUUCCAAAUAAUUCACCCAUUCCUGUUGUUUAAGUGUUUUCUUUAUUAAAUAUGAGUCGCUUCAAAACAUGGAAAUACAAGAAUGCGACACCAAGGAUUCCUGAUGCAAAAGAAUGUAUUAAGGGCUUUGAUGUUGGUGAUGUAGACUCCGGUGGAAAUCAUAUAAAAGCAAAUAAUACCUUUUUAGCUUUCAACACAAAUGGUGGUCACAUAUCUUUGUUGCCAUAUCUUGAGGAAAAUCUGUCUUCUCCACUUUCUUUAUCAGCACACUCCGAUUUAGUAAAUGACUUUGCUUUUUCAUCAUAUGAUGACAAUAUUCUGGCAACCUGUUCUAAAGAUUUCCUAAUAAAAAUUUGGAAUAUUUCUGAUGACGAUAAAUGGAGAGAUGUGGGCAAUGUGCUUACGUUAAGUAAACAUCAGAAAUCUGUUGAGGCUGUUUUAUUCAAUCCGGCUGCAGAAAAUGUUUUGGCUUCAGGUGCUGGAAAUGAAAUAAAAAUCUGGGAUAUUACAUUGGGCAAAGAUAACUAUAGUAGUAAUGAUCAUGGUGAUGUUGUUCAGAGUAUAUCAUGGAAAGAAAAUGGUAGCCUUCUUGCUACUGCUAGCAAAGAUAAAAAGAUUAGAAUAUUUGAUCCACGUGCCUCAGGUUUAGUUCAAGAGGGGGUGGUUACAGAUGGUGGAAAAGAGUGUCAGGUGCAAUGGGUUGGCGAUGAAGAAAAAGUUUUGUCUACAGGAGUUAGUAAGUCAAGAAAACAAGAAGUUAAACUAUGGGAUACAAGAAAUUUGUCAACCAAACUUAAAGACUAUUCUCUUGGAUCUUCUUCAGGAACACCAAUGAUGUUUUAUGAUCAUGAUACAAAUAUACUCUUACUUGCUACAAAGGGUGAAACAAGUGUACAUUUGAUUGAAGUAAAAAGUGAUACACCAUACUUAAACCCAGUUUCCACCAAUCGCGUAACGGAACAAAUAAAGGGAGCUACAUUGAUACCAAAACUUGCAUUGAACGUGAUGUCUUGUGAAGUGUUGCGUCUUAUGGUUUUAACAAAGUCUUCUAUUGUGCCAUUAAGUUAUCAAGUGCCCAGAAAGUCGCAUCGAGAAUUUCAUGCAGAUCUAUUUCCUGAUACCUACAGUUGGGACCCAGCCAUGACAUCAGAGGAAUGGUUCAAUGGAGAAAAUAAAGAGCGGUUAAAAGUUAGCCUAAAUCCCUCAAAAAGGCCAGUGCGAAGUAAGAAGACACGAGCAGUAAACAUUUCUUCGACUGUUGACUCUGGUAAAGAGACAGAAAUAAAUCCUAAGGUGAAAGAUGAUCAAAAAACACUUAUCUCUGAACCUAAAGAAGCAUCGCCGCCCUUUUUAACUUCGAAUUCCAAGACAAUUGAAAAUGAGAUUGUCACCAAGAAAGCUGUCACAUACACAAAAUCAGCUCAUAAAAUAUUUUCAAGUAUACAUCAUUCAAAGUUUCGACAUCUCCAUGGUUCAGCUGUUCAUCGCAGUAAAUAUAUUGAAAAUGUCAGAAAUCUCAAUACAUCAACGCUUAACGAAUGUGAUGGUUUUCAAUGCAACUCAAAACGUGCUGCAUUACCUAUUGAAGGACCUGGAGGGAAAAUUGCAAUUGUAGAGCUAAACAAAACAGGUCGUCUUCCUGAAACCGGUAUUCCAGUCAUAGAAAACAAAUGUCCUGUCAUGGACUUCGUUAUGAAUCCAUUUGAUGAAGAAACUAUAGCUGUAGCUUGUGAUAACGGAAGUAUAAAGCUUUGGAAAACCGAUAAAGAAGGAUUGAAAGAAACGAUUGACGAGCCCAACCUGGUGCUUAAAGGACACAGAGAUCGUCCAACAAUUGUGAGAUAUCAUCCUUGUGCCGAAAAUAUUCUUACUUCAGCGGGUUAUGAUCUUUCUGUUAAUAUAUGGGAUGUAAACAGGGGAAGUGUUGCCCUCUCUUUAGGUGGACAUCUGGAGCCAUUGUUUAGUUUAGCAUGGAAAAGUACGGGUAAUCAACUGGCAACUUUUUGUCGAGAUCAGAACAUCAGAAUAUUUGAUCCAAGAGCAAGCAUUUCAGCUCAGAGAUUUGGACCAGGUCCUGCAGGAGGUCGUGGUGGACGAGUCACGUGGGCAGGCCCUUAUGGUGAUUGGCUUCUUGUCACUGGAUUUGAUAGGUCAAAACGUAGGCAAAUAUCUCUCUAUGAUUCACGUGAUUUAAUGAAAGAACUUGGUAGAGUAGAGCUUGAUGUUACUCCUUCGACGCUGAUCCCAUAUUUCGAUGAAGAUACUGGAGUCUGUCUCCUUACGUCGAAGGGUGACGCAAAUAUUUUCGCGUUCGAGAUCAUAUCUCAACCUCCUCAUCUUUUUGAAUUGUCUCACAUCAAAUUAUCCGAAGCUCAUCAAGCUAUUGCUUUCUGUAACAAAACGGCAUGCGACGUGAAGGAAGUUGAGUUUCUCAAAGCUUUUCGUCUAACGAAGACUUACAUUGAACCCUUUGUAAUAUCGGUGCCUAGAGUUCAGAAACAAUAUUUCCAAGAUGAUAUAUUUCCGGACACUCCAGUCACGUGGGAGUCAUGCAUAAGCACAUCUGAUUGGUUGAGUGGCAAGAACAACCAGCAUCGUAAGAUCAGUUUGCGACCAAGUGGCAUGAAGUUAUUAAGUGAGGCACCCAAAAUUGAUGUCGUAAAGAAAUAUGAAAGUCGUGUUGAAUUGGAUGAAUAUAAGUCUGAUGAGAGAAAAAAAGAGGAGUUACUCAGUGCAAUGUCAGCGAAACUCACAGAUUAUGAGAACGCACCGUUACCGCAAGACUUAAGUGAAGGAGUCGAUGAGAGUGAAUGGGAUGAUUGAUUUCUGUCAAAAAUUCAUCAAAUCAACUGGCUAGUCAAUUUUUCGUCAAUGAAUACGGACAUUUAUUGAUAAUUAAUUGAUUCUAUUUAAAAUGUUUUCAAGUAAUUUGGUAAAGUUUUUAACUUUCACAGGAAAAUGAAAUAGCAUGUACGUAUCAAACGUUAAACUCGAUUUUCAAUUUCCACAAAUUUGACAAUUGGUUAGGUCUACGAACAUUUUCCAUUUCUACUGUUUUUAUCAUUCAUAAUUAUUAGCAAAUAAAAUCAUAGUUGGUGAUAAAACCAUAAAAAUAA